ACUCAGAGUCCAAAGUCCUUUCCAAUUCAGAAACUUAGUAUCGCACCUCUGGGAAAUUCUAACCCAGCACCGAGUGCCGGCUCCGAGCCUGAGGAGCCCAUGGAGCCCAUGAGAACCAAGCUGACCCAGUACACCCCGGGCUCCCUGCUGGCUCUGGGCAACACUCACGGCUUCCAGCGGGUCUCCCUGCAGCUCUUUGGCUUCUAUGGACACGGCCUCCCUGAUUAACCUGUGCCUGAGUGUCCUGCAGAACCAACCCUACCAGAACCUCGCAGGGGCGGGAUGGUCCGAUGGUUCCGUCAUCCGAGAGAGACGUGAGUUCCCACUCACCAACACUGUCCGCAUCACUGACAACCGGGGGUUCAUCAGCCUGGACCGGGGGGAGAUCACUGAGGCCUCUGCGCAGCUCAGGGGCCUGCGGUUGGUGGACGAAUCGGUUAAUUGGGACCGGACUAUGGAGGAAAAACUGGACUUCAUGGUGCAGAGAUGUCACACUCCCCCCACUGACUUUGUACUUCCAGUCAUUGUGUACAGGGGCACCAUGAAUCUCACCACAGAGCAGUCGGAUCAGAUGAAAAACUUCAUAGUGAGGAGCUUCAAUGUUACAGGGGUGUUUCCUAUUGUUGUGCUGAUGGAGUCGGGUGAGAGUCAGGAGAAGAUCAGCAAUAACUUCCACAUGCUGGGAGCCAGCUACGUCUUCCCCCUGCAGAAGUUCCAGAUGGAGCAGCCGGAGCGCGACGACGAGACAGACGCGGAAAUUCUGACCUUUCUGACUGCUUGUGUGAAUGAGGCCGACAGGGGUAUUGGGAAACGGCAGCGGCUGGGCAGGGAGGUGGAGUUCAGGCGCCAGGUCCAAGAUCAGAUAGUGAUGGAGUUGGAGCUGGAGAGGGAGAAGGUGCGGCACAGGGUGAGGGAGGAGAUCAAGCAGGAACAGCAGAAAGUCUCAGUCUCACCCCUAAUAACUGAUUAGAUUUAUUCCUCUUAGUGGUUCCUCCAACCUGCACAAAGAAUGGGCCACUGGGCAUUGGGUUUGGCCAGUGAAUGUGAGAUACUGAGGCCCAUUAUCUACAUUUACCUUUAUGUAUAGUAUUAGAGACUGUGCCAGGCAGAGAGGGGCAUUUUGUCUUCCUCUGUAUCACGCCAGAUGGCAGCGGUGGACAAAAUGCCCUGUGUGGCUCUAAUUCAUGUCUGUAUAUACAGGGGGGCCACGUUGCUCCCCCAUAAUGGUUCCACGGAACUCGCCUACACAUGGAAAGUAAUGGGUUUUGGAAAAAAUUUCAACAAUUGCAGAGAAAAGCAAAUCCAUCUCACCUACUGCCCCAGGUAUGGCACGCUGGGAUUGGGCCCUUCCUCCUCAUCAGCUCUAGUCCCUUCUCCUCUGAUGACUGGUCAGUAUGAAAGUCCAUGGUUUGCAGUUUGUGUCAUUCCAAUAAAUGGGGUCUUGGUGAAGGUUA